AUGUCGUAUUCUAAAGGAGCAACUCCCAAGAGUGGGCCAUCUCAAUUAUCUGUAUUGGAGGCAACGUCAAAUUUUCGUACAUUUAAGAUUGCUCAUCAACGUGUAUCAUUAGAUGUGGAUUUAGCAAAACAUAGUAUUAAAGGUACUGCAGAAAUUAUUUUGAUACCACUGAUACCAAAUUUAGAGUAUGUCACUUUGGAUUGUAAAAAUAUUAAAGUUAACGAUGUUUUGAUAGAAAAUAGACGUUGUGAUAAUUACAUUCAUGACGAUCCAUUAAGAAGUUUUGCGCAAAAAUAUUUGAAUUCAAAUAAUGAUAUGUUAUAUACUUAUAAUUCAAUUGAACAAUCACAUUUUUUAAGGGAAAAAUUUGCAGAUUUAAAUGAGAAUCCAGAAGAUAGAACAAAAUCCCAAUUAACCAUUAAAAUUCCUUCGUCAAUUAAAAUAACAUUACAGGAUGCCAAUUCAUUGGCGAAUUUCACUCCAAUCACACCUUCAAUUCGUGGAACCCCUGCUACCCAAGAAUCUGUCUUCACUCCAAUUACAAUCAAAAUAGGCUAUGAAGUCAAUAACCCAACUACAGGGGUGCGAUUUGAUACCCCUUCAGACACUCAACAGCAUUUAUGGAACGCUUAUACUACUAAUUCAGAAUUAUGUGCCACUGCUACUCACUGGAUGCCAUGUAUCAAUUCUUUAGAUGAAAAAUCAACUUGGGAAAUUGAGAUUAGUGUGCCAAGGAAAGUUAAAGAUAUUGGUACAACUAAAAUUAUAGGUCAAGAAGCUGAAGAAUCAGAGAAUCCUCCUUUGCAAAAAAUAAAACUGAGGACAGAAUCGCUUUCAACCACGACUCAAAACAACAAGGCUUCAGGGAACGUAGAGGAAAACUCAAAGCAAGAUGCGAAAAAGGUAUCAGAUAAAAAGGAUGAAGAGAUUCAACAAGAUUUCAACCAAGAAGAUAAACUAAAAACUGAAAAUGAAGAACCAAUUGAAAAAGAUGAUGGAAUCAAUAAAGGAACUGAAAAAUUACAAAGUGAACCAAACAACGAAGAAGUAGUGAAAGAAGAGACAGAUGAAGGGGAAGAGGAAGAGGAAGAGGAAGAUGAAGAAGAGGAAGAAGAAGAGGACGAAGAAGAGGACGAAGAUGAAGAUAUGUUAGAUAAAGAAGAUGAAGAUAACCCAUUAAAUAGAGAUAUUGUCGUAUGUUGUUCAGAAUUUUCAACAGUCAAAGAAUCUGCUCACCCAAUAGAUUUAUCAAAAAAGUCAUUUACUUUCCAACUGUUCAAUCCAGUAGCACCACACCAUAUCGGUUGGGCAAUUGGUGCAUUCAAUGUUUGGGAAUUGCCUUCCAUUACUAGUCGUGAAGAUGUAUAUGAUGAAGAACAAGAGGAAACUGAAGAAAAGAAAAAUGGUAAACCAGGCAGCAAUGAAGCUUCAGAAAUGAUUGAAAACAUAGAAAUGACAGAUGAAACACCAAUACAGGUAUACACUCUGCCGACAGCAGAUGUCGAUGAGGAAACAGUAUUAAACUCAACUAUCGUGUGUCAGAAAAUUUUAGACUUCUAUUCGAAAGAGUUUGGUUCAUAUCCUUUUACUUCAUAUUCAUUAGUUUUCUUGCCUACUGUAGUCGAUCCAACGAUGAACUUCGCAAGUAUGACGAUUUGUAAUACUCGUUUAUUAUACCCUAGGAAAAUUAUUGAUCUAAUGAAACCAACCACUGACUUUUUAGCAUGGUCAUUAGCUGUUCAGUGGUCAGGUGUAAAUAUUACCCCCUUAGAAGAUAAUGACAUAUGGUGUUGCUUAGGUAUGGCAGGAUAUAUGGUUUUCCAACUUUGGAAAAAAUUAAUGGGUAAUAAUGAACUGAAAUAUCGUUUGAAAAUGUGCAGUGAACGCAUUGUUGAGCAAGAUUGGGAAAAACCUCCAAUUGGUUCGACGUUUACAAAUGCAUCAAGACCUAUUUCAUAUACUAGCAAAGAUCUAGAUUUCAUUAAACUAAAGGCUCCCAUGGUACUAUAUAUUCUAGAUCGUAGAAUGACCAAAACUGAAAGAUCCUUUGGUAUGUCUCGUGUAUUACCAAAGAUUUUUUUACAAGCCAUGUCUGGCGAUCUUCCAAAUAAUUCAUUAUCAUCAGCACAUUUUCAACAUAUCUGUGAACGUGUGAAUAAAAAUAAAUUAGAAAACUUUUUUCAACAAUGGAUAUAUGGUUCUGGUGUUCCAAUUUUCCGUGUUACACAAAGAUUUAACAAAAAAAGAAUGGUCGUUGAAAUGGGUAUUCGCCAAUGUCAGGCCCAAGAAUUGGGAUCAGGAAAAGUUACAGGUUCUUCUGGUUUCUCCUCAAGUGCUUUGAAUUUUCUAGAGCAUCCAACUAGGGAAAUGGCGCCACAUUUUUCUGGUUCGAUGACAAUAAGAAUCCAUGAGCCCGACGGAACCCCAUACGAACAUAUUGUUGAGGUUAAGGAUGUGUUCACCAAACUUGAUAUUCAAUAUAACACUAAGUACAGAAGGUCGAGAGCUCGAAAACCUCUUGGAGCCAGAUCCAAGAAAGAAAAUACCCCAGAAGUCUCCAAUGAUAUCAAUGAAAAAUACCAUGAACGCGACAACAAUACAAACAUUCAGAAAUUAGGUACAGUAUUAACUUCACCGCAAGAUUGUUCGGAAUGGAAUUUGACUGAUAUUAGUGUUUCAAGUGAAGGUCAUGAACUACAAAGACAAGGGGAGGCUUUUGAAUGGAUCAGAAUAGAUUCUGAUUUUGAAUGGAUUUCGAAAAUAUAUAUCAAUCAGCCUGAUUAUAUGUUUACAUCUCAAUUACAACAAGAUGGGGAUGUAGAAGCUCAAAUUGAGAGUAUCAGAUAUUUUGAGGAUGUUGUGAUGAGCUCUCAAAACAAUUCCAAGCUAUAUUCUUCGAUAUUAACAAGAACCAUUGUUGAUUCGAGAUAUUUUUAUGGUGUUCGAUUGGAAGCUUGUAGAGCUUUAUCAAAAUUUGUGGUUAGAGAUAACGAGUCUUUAAGCUUCCGUGGUGGUGCUCAGCAUUUAAUUAAAAUCUAUCAAAAACUUUUCUGCUAUGAAAAUUCUAAUAUCCCGUUAAACAAUUGUUUUUCUGACUUCAAGAGAUAUUAUGUUCAACAAAGUAUACCUCAAAAUUUAUCCAAUGUAAAAGACGAAAGGGAUGAAACUCCUGAUUUUAUUAAAAGUUUUAUAAUAGACCUUUUGACAUAUAACGAAAAUACAGGAAAUCCCUAUGAUGAUACUUUUUUUGUAUGUACUUUGAUCAAAGCUGCUGUCAAAUGUGCGAUAAACUCUCCUAGUGACACUAACUUUAUCGGAAAGCUACUGGAGCAACUUUAUAGAUAUGAAAGUCUCGACAAAUGGACACCAACCUAUCAACUGCUAAUAACAAAUACCAUUUUGUCAGAGAAAUUAAAAUUGAAUAGCAAGAAGUUAGAUAGGUUUGAAGAUCUCAAUAGUAUUUUGUUGUAUACACUUUCUCCCGAUGCUUUGAAUUUUAAUUCUGAUGCAAUUAGAAUGCGUGAAGGUUUGGAAGAUAUUCAAUUGGUUGCAUUCAAAAUUUUAUUGGUAGAAGGUGGGUUAAAAAAUAGGGAAGCCUUGAAAUAUUUAUUCGAAUCUCUGUGUUUUUCUCCUAACAUCUAUAUCAGAGACAAAUUGAUCGAUGUUUUAUAUGAAGCAAUCGAUUUUGUAGCUGAAAACGGAAUAAUUGACAAUUAUGACGAUGACAUAGAAUACAUGGUAGGUAAGAUCAGACCAGAUUCUAAUUUGAUAGAAGAAGCAGAAGAUGAUGAAGAUGACGAGCAUCACCCAAUCGUUCAGGAAGAUUUUGCAGAAGAAAUAGAAAUAAGAAGAGAAACUAAACUAAAGCAACAUAUGGGGGGGGUAAUGUCACUAAUUAGAAAACAAUUUGAAAAUUACUAUCCAUUAAAGCAAUUGAUGUGGCAAACCCUGCAUAUGCCUGGUAUCUCUCUAUACCAGAGGAAAAGACUGUUCGACCUUUCUAGAAUAUUAUUUAUUUUAAGAGAUGGUUUCCAAGUGAUAUUACCUAUUCCAAGAGAGCGAAAAUUAGUGGCUAAGAAAAUUAAUGAACAUAAAAUUGUAAUCAAGAGAGAAGGUUUGUUAAAACUUCACAUUACAUCAAAAGUUAAACAGCCUAUGUUGCCUACCCCAGAUAUUAUCGCUCAAACACCUGCGUCAACGGCUCCACCGGCAAAUAAAGUCAAAAUUAAUUUGAAAAUUGCUACCAAGCCUAAAAAAGCUGUAUCUGCGCCUGCUAAAGGUAAACCAAAAAAGGGACAAGUUCACAAAGUUGGUGUAUUGCCUAUUAGAUUUGUAAGGAUCCAUACAGGACAGCAAAAAAGAGUUGACCUAUCUUCUGUUCCAUAUAGCAAGCACGUCGAGAUCUUAAAGGCAAAUUCUCGUACACUGUCAAUUAAAAUAAAAAUUCCAGGCAAGAAAAUUUCAAGCAAGGUAGUUCCUUCAUCAUAG